AUAAAAUAAUGAGGAACGGAUGAAAACAUGACAAAAAGCUGUUAUAGGCAGUUCUUAAUUUUUUAUAAAUUCUAUUUGUUCAGUAAGCAUGUUUCACGUUGUGGUGUUACUUUGAAAGUGUCUAUUUUUAAAAAAUACAUUAUUUUGUUUUUAAUUCCCUAGAGAGUUAGUAGAAGAAAGUAAUAUUUUAGUUCAAAUUAAAACCUUCAAAAGAAAAAAAGGCUAGCACAUUAACACAAGAUAACAAAUCACAAUGGACAGAGACCCGAACAGUGGUUUGUUGAUCAAGAAAAGUAGCUUGAAAGAAAACAUCAGACCAGAAUGGACCAAGAAAUUUAAAAGUAAUAAUAAAAGAUCAAAAGGUGGUUACUCAAAAAGUUCAAUAAAAAUUCACGGAGUCGGUGACGAACUGCCAAAAAUGGCAACAGGAUCUAUUCCGUUCUCAACUACUACAAUGGAUAAAGUCGCAAAGACAAAAGCAACGAUAGAGUUAUAUUACACCACUUUGAUUGCCCACACACAAGAGAGAAAGGAAAGGGUUCAACAACUAGAAGAUGCUAUGGACAAGGAAGGACUUUCAGAGAAGGAGAAAGAUGCACGGAGAGCGUUGUAUGCAUUACGUGAAACAGAGUUCUUACGUUUAAAAAGAACAAGGAUUGGGAGAGAGGAUUUUGAAUCCCUGAAAGUUAUAGGAAGAGGAGCAUUUGGCGAGGUGCGACUAGUACAAAAGAAGGACACAGGUCAUGUAUAUGCUAUGAAAAUUUUACGAAAGAAAGAUAUGUUGGAAAAGGAACAGGUUGCGCAUGUUCGGGCAGAACGCGAUAUACUUGCAGAGUCUGAUAAUUCUUGGGUGGUCAAGAUGUACUACUCAUUUCAAGAUCAAACUUGCUUGUACUUAGUUAUGGAAUUUUUACCGGGAGGUGACCUUAUGACGCUGUUAAUUAGAAAAGAUACAUUCACAGAAUCACAAACACAAUUUUAUGUAGCUGAAUCUAUACUGGCAAUAAAUUUCAUUCAUCAAUUAGGAUUUAUACACAGAGAUAUCAAACCAGACAAUCUUUUAUUGGACGCCAAAGGACACAUCAAAUUAUCAGACUUUGGACUGUGUACAGGCCUAAAAAAAUCACAUAGAACAGAAUUUUAUCGUGGCAUAACACCCGCAUCAGUUGCAGAUCUGUGCGACCAUGUUGGAACGAAACAAAAAGCAAUGACUUGGAAAAGAAAUAGAAGGCAAAUGGCUUAUUCCACAGUCGGAACACCCGAUUAUAUUGCACCAGAAGUUUUCACGCAAAGCGGAUACGAGAAGUCCUGUGAUUGGUGGAGUUUGGGAGUAAUUAUGUUUGAAAUGUUAAUUGGAUACCCGCCAUUUUGUUCUGAAACACCACAAGAAACUUAUCGAAAAGUGAUGAACUGGCGCGAAACGUUAGUGUUUCCUGUGGAAAUGCCUAUAACAAACACUGCUAAGAAUAUGAUACAAAGUUUUUGUACCGAUGCAGAACAUCGCCUAGGCCGAAAUUCAGGAAUCAACGAAAUCAAAAUGCAUCCAUUCUUCAGAGGUGUCGAUUGGGAACAUAUUAGGGAGAGACCUGCUGCUAUUCCAAUCGAAGUAAAGAGUAUUGACGACACUUCUAACUUUGACGAUUUCCCAGAUGUAGACCUAUCAUGGGGUCCUAUACCAGAGAAAAGCGAAACGAACAAUAAGGACUGGGUGUUCCUGAAUUACACUUUUAAACGAUUCGAAGGCUUAACUCAACGAGGUUUCAAACCCUUAGCAAUAUGAGACAUAGUAACGCGUUGACGCGAUAACCAUUAUGGUUUCAUGUAUUGUACACGAGCAGUUCAGGGUCGAGAGAUUUAUAUACACUUAAUGACAUUUUUAAAAUUUUGGGAUGCUAUUCGUUCUGUUUUGGUGUGAACAGAGAUUUCUCGACGAUUUUUCGAAAACAUAUUUAUUUGGCCAUUGGCAACAAUCAAUGGUUAAAGAACCCCAGAGAGCCAAAUUUCGUGUUUUCUGCUGAUUGCCACUAUCGACGCAUAUCGCAGGUGAUCGACGGUCUCAUUAGCGUUACUACGCUCCACUGCUUCACCACGUGUUGUUCACACACGGAAAAAGAGUAUUAACUAUUUGUGUUAAAGAAUAAAUUUUAUAAUAUUUUCAGAUUUUAAAAGUUUUCUUGUGCCAUCAUUUCAAAAUGCUAUACGCAUACGAGGCUGACUUUAUGCAGGAUGCAUUUAUGAGUAUCAUAUACUAGUAUUAAAAGCCUUUAUAUUUUAAAUAAGGGUGCUGGUAUUUUUGAAAUUUAUUUUUAAGCUUUGCGAUCGUAGCUUUGUCUUUUCAAAGGUACGACAGUUUUUAAAAUAAGAUUUAUACUUGAGUAGCUUAUGCCUUAGCUGGCUAAGGCAAUUUUUGAAAAUGUUACCAGGUAUUGUAGAAAUGAGUGAAUAAAAGAACAAAAAAAUAGUUUUUAAAGUUAUAUUCGUUACGUCAUUUUGUGUGACGUUAUUUCUCAUCAGUCGUUAAGUUUUGUUAGUUGUGUCGUGUUUUAGUAAAAUGACGAUAACAAAAUAAUUUAUAUGCCGCGUUUUUUUUGUAAAAAUGUACAGUUAGAAAAAAAUCAACUUAUACUAUUUAAAA